AUGAAGAAGACCCUCACAUUCUGGAGUAAACCCAUUGAGCCAGCCCUGCAUGCUGCAAUUGCCUUACAUUACCUUGCAAUUGGAGAAUCCUGCAAGAGCCUGCCAUACCAAUUCCGUGUAGCUCCCAAGACAAUCAGCAGUAAUUUGCCUGAGACUUGUAAGGCCACAGUGGCUGCCUCUGGAGAUGAAGUCAUGCAGACCCCAGAGGAAUGGAAGGAGGUAGUCCGUGGGUUGGAGGAACGAUGGAAUUUCCCAUACACCCUUGGAGAAAUAGACGGGAAAUACAUUCAUAUCCAGAUCUCAGACUUUGGAGGGACUCAUUUCUUUGAUUAUAGAAAGUACUCUUUUAUUCUACUAGAAGUUAUUGUUGUUGAGUGCUAG